AUGUCACGCCCAGCAUUGAACGACGCGCAAACCAAUCUCAUGUUCGAGACACUACACUCACUGCUCGAAGCUGAAGGUACCGGCAUUCUCACUGCGGCCAUCAUCGAUCAGGCCGAGGCGCAACUCAAAGCACUGCCCGAGUUUGACGAUUUUGUAUUCAAUGACUGUUCGAUUCGGAGCAAAGUCAAGCCCUGCAAGGAUGUCUACAAUGCCGUCAAAAGGCUAUCACAGCUCUGCGAUUACACCAUCUUCACGGGCUCAGAUCUAUCAGAUCAAAUUUUUGAAGAGCUAUGCGAUCGGACUUGUCGCAACAAGGCCAUUGCCAGCGAGGUCAAACGGGCCGGCUUGGGGUCGCCUUGGAUUGCUAUCUGGGAUCGUCUAUCGGCUUAUUGUGAGCUGCAAGAUCGUCUCCGUCAUACUACCGAUACGGACAAACAAAAUGAUCAGGCGAAACAGUCAGACCUAGUCGAGUGCGGGGGCUGCGGUGCCACGACUGCGCGCAAACGCAGAUCAAGUGUGACCCAUUCGCCACGCAAGCUUGUCAAGCUGAAGCCUUGGGAUGCAACGUCUAGCACGCCUGUCAAGUCAGCAACGAUCGUGCCAACUCUGCUGCACAGCCCACCGAGCAACGCAGAAUUACUGGCCAGCAAGGCGCUACCCAGUCUAGGCGCGCUCGAACAGUUCGGCUACGUGAUGAGUCACAUCAGCCAAUUCGAGCAAGUCAAGACCUAUCUCGACAUUGGCGUGUUUGCAAAGCUCCACGUGCUGGCGAUACUGAACGAAGAGAUUGCUAAAACACUCAUUCCGCUACUUGAUCUGGGUGACCCCGUACGGAUCAUCGUCUGCCUCGAGGCGCUUAUGCAGGUCGAUGCUCACGCAGAGCUGACGAGCUGA